AUGGAAGACAUUGUGUCUCUUUUCAAAGGAGAGGAUCCUGAAGUAAUACCAGUGUUUGUGGCCCGUGACCUAGAAAAGCUACCGCCAGUGACGUUUGACCACCUAGACGUCACGAAACUGCUAAAAGAUCUACUGAUAGUGCAAAAGGAAAUCAAUGAUAUUAAAAUGUCGUAUGUGACAUUGGAUCAGCUGGAUGAAGCGAAAAAGGAGUUUAGAAAGUGUCAGGCUGCCUCCUGUUCCUCACUGUCACCUCCGCGCUAUCGAAAUUUGAAUGUAAACACUCGACGGGGUGCUUAUAUGGAUAGUGGACCUAUGGGUUUCUCACAUUUCGAUAUGACAGUAGCUAGUAACAACAACAAUACUAACAGCAGCAAUGUGUUGGAUUCAUCAUCCCCUAAGGAGAACCGAAGCUUUUUGGCGUCACUAAAGUGUCAACAAUCGAAAAUGGAUAAAAACAUUCCAACUAGCGAACAAGCAGCGGGAGCGGUGAUUAAUGAGUCAUCAGAGUGUGUGCGUACCGGCCGAGAAACCGGUUCGUUAUCGCUAUGUGAGCCGUCCGAGCGUCAGCUGUUUGAACCACCAAACGAAGCAGUUACUUUUAAUAACAAACAGCCCGACAUGGAGCGGUCGUUUGCAGAAGCGUUAAAAACCAAUACAGAAUGGAAGGUAGUUAAACGCAAGAAACCUAGAAUAAACUAUCGUUACCAUGGUAAAGUGGGCAUCUGCAACGAAAAUCAAGGAAAAUUUAGAGCGGCAGACACCAAAGUGCCAAUCUUUAUUUCGAGGGUACAUAAGGAGACGACGGAGUUUGACAUCACAGAGUAUAUUAGAAAAAAGACACACGAAGAUGUGAAACUAGAAAAGAUUAUUUUGAAUAAAGAGAAAAAUUAUAAUGCAUAUAAAUUCUACAUAUCGGAAUUAAAGUUGCCGUUGUUUUUGGAUGAUAAGCUGUGGCCGCAGGGAAUCAUAUUUAGGCGCUUUGUGCAUUACAAAGAGAAGCUCGUUAAAGACGAUAAAAACGCUAGCGGUCUUGUCAAACACUAA